AUGGGGGCCACAAGAACCGGAAAAUCCCGUCUCUCCGUUGACCUUGCCACCCAUUUUCGAGGAGAAAUAAUCAACUCGGAUAAAAUGCAAGUUUACAAGGGACUUGAAAUUGUUAUAAACAAGAUCACUCACACUGAGAAACAAGGUGUACGACACUAUUUGUUAGGGCUAGUGGAUGAGGUGCGACAGAUUUUCAUUCCAGAUGCAGAUUACACCAAAGGAAUCCGACGGUCCAUCGGUGUCCCUGAAAUGGGAAGAUAUUUAAGGGAAGAAACAAAUAUAGACGGAGAUGAUGAAUCAAAGCAGAUGAUUCUUCAAGCUUCAAUUUCAAGUAUCCAGCGAAAUACUCAAAAAAUGUCUACUUUCAUCAACAAUGAAGAGUCCAACAAGAAGAAAGUGAUCUUCAUAAUGGGGGCCACAGGAACGGGAAAAUCUCGUAUCUCUGUUAACCUUGCCACCCAUUUUCGAGGAGAAAUAAUCAACUCGGAUAAAAUGCAAGUUUACAAGGGACUUGAAAUUGUUACAAACAAGAUCACUCACACUGAGAAACAAGGUGUACGACACUAUUUGUUAGGUGAAAUUGAACCAGAUUCAGACUUCACAGCUGAAGAUUUUUGUUUGCAAGCUAUCGUCCAUAUAGAAAAAAUACGGAAGACUCAACGUGUUCCAAUUAUUGUUGGAGGGUCAAAUUCGUAUAUUGAAAAACUUGUGGAAGAUCCUGUGUUCAAGUUCAAAUAUAAGUAUGAUUGUUGCUUUAUUUGGAUUGAUGUUGAGCAAUCAGUCUUGAACUGUAGAGUUCACAUGAGAGUUGAUCAAAUGGUCAAAGCUGGACUAGUGGAUGAGGUGAGACAAAUUUUCAUUCCAGAUGCAGAUUACACCAAAGGAAUCCGACGGUCCAUCGGUGUCCCUGAAAUGGACAGAUAUUAA